UUCGACAGAGACGAUACCGACUUCGUGAUCCGUACAAGUGACCGCGUUGAGUUCUCAGUUCUCUCCUCUAUCCUGAAGCUGGCAUCGCCCAUCUUCGCCCACAUGUUCGAGUUCCCCCAACCUCCAGGUAAUCUCACGAGUAAACCCUGUGUGGAUGUGGUCGAGGACAGUACCAUCAUGGAUUUAUGCCUCCGCAUUUGCUACCCCGUUCCUAACCCCGACAUUGGAUCUUUGUCCGACCUCUCGAAAGUCCUUGCUGCAGGACUGAAGUAUGAGGCCCCGGCCGUCAUCAAUGCGGCGAGAAACAUCCUGAUUCAACCACGCUUCAUCGACACCGACCCUUUGCAGGUAUUCGCCACCGCCUGCAAACUUGGACUGGAGAAGGAGGCACAGGUAGCUGCU